UGUCGUUUAGGCGUUUAAAACCAUAGCAACGGGUGACACUCCGGUAAACUCGGCAGCAGUCCCGGUGAUCACCUGGGCCUUCAUCCAGAUGCAUGAGACAGUAUGAGGCUACGCAGCAGAAGUAACUGAGUAAAAACAUGAAUGAGUGAAACUGUAUGUUGGGACAAAGCCGGCGAGGACGUCUUACUGUCUGAAAGGGAACCGAACAACUGAUUUAUUGACUAACUGAUUGGUUGGCAGACGGUUGUUGUCAUGGCAGCAGGGGCAGUGUCAGCUCCGCUCAUCAUUCCCAUCAUCCACCUGCAGACUCAUGGAGCCAAGAACCACAUCGACACGAGCACACCUGUGUCCAUCCAGUCAGAUUCUGCAGGUGUUCUGAUCUUUUACACUCUGGAUGGUUCAAAGCCGGGGGCGGGGCAUCAUGGAGCAGCAGGCAGCAGCAGGAAGUACAGCCAGCCCAUCCUGCUGCCUGCAGGCCGGGUGACAGUCCGAGCGGUGGCUGUCACCAGUGACGGCAGAGAGAGCUCCAUAGUGACCAAGGUUUUCUCUGUGGAUCCUCUGGACGACUUCCUGCAGCCACCGCCUGAAGGAACAUCCUUUCUUGCUGAGACCUCAGAGCCAAAGAUGAUGGGAAAUCACUCCCUUCAGUCAGGCCCUCGUUUUCUGAACGGUCGUCAUGGCUCUGAGAUCGGCGCCCAGCUCGCCUCAUCUCAGCGCUCCCAACCUGCGGUUUUUAGGGAGUCAGGUGACCUGAGGCAGCUGAAGAGCACGGAGACGACACGAGUGCAGCGAGACACAGACUUCCUGUGGUGUGCUCGCUGUCUGCAUCGCCGCCCCUCCGACCCGCUCGCUCAGUUCUGCGCUCAGUGUGGAGCGGCGCUUCCUAUGCUACCCGGUCACAGGCUGCCACCUGCUGAGGGAGGACAGAUGUUGCUGUGUGUGUUCUGUGGGGCUCUAGUCCCCGCCAGCACACACAGCUGUUUGGUGUGUGAAGCUGCCAUCGAUCAACAGCUGCAGCCACGGGCAGGCAUCACUCUGCAGGGUCAUGUGAUGUGUGUCUGCUGUGGAAGUGGGAAUCCGGCCGACGCCUUCAGCUGUCUGACCUGCGAGAGCCGCUUGCAGCAGGUGGGCGGAGCCAGGAGCGCUGUGCCCUCUGACCCAGGAGCGCACACCAGGAUGUUGUCCUGCACCAGAUGUAAACGUUUAAACCGGAGCGACGCGAGAUUCUGCGACUGGUGCGGCUCCAAGCCCACCCACGCUGCCCGCUGUGUGACGUGUCAGCGUUGUGGAGCAAGUGCACACCCGUACGCUUCCUACUGCACCGCCUGCGGCAUCUUCCUGGAAGCACCGGUCCCACUCGGAUCCUGCGGUGACAUCACACGAUCGGUCAAGGGCGCCGCCAACCGCCAGGUGGGAGUGCAGACGGCCUGUGGCGCCACCUGGCGGGCCACUGCCUCUUUGCACCCUCCGCGAAGUGUGAAGAUCGCCACACCCACUGUGGAUCAGUGCACACAGACUGUAGGACUCUAUUACCCAUCAGGCACUGAGCUGCAGAGGAAGGAGCAGCACAGAGCGCUACAGCUCCUCAGGAAGCAGGUGCAGAGCGACCGCCACCCACCGCUCACCGCUAUCAGCCCGGGACGAGGUUACUGGAGGAAGCAGCUGGAUCACAUAUGCGCUCACCUGAGGAGCUAUGCCCAGAACAACGCCCCCUUCAGGGCGCUGCUGGGAGAGCCUCGUCUGGGCCGGAUGGUCUCUGCGGUGAUUCAGGAGGAUCGCCGUGAGGUCAGUCUGACCGUCAGCUUUGCAGCAGCCGAGCUUCAAGAAAAACAGGUGGGUGCUGACGAUGACAUGGGAUCUCCAGGUGGAGGAUUUGAGCUCGCCAGCUGGACCAAGACUCUGAGCAGCGUUGCAGAGCGAACAGGGUGGACAGGAAGUGACCAGCUCUCGGCUCCACCCUCCAAACCUUUCCUGACGCCCAAACCGCCGGUGAAGGAUGUUCAGCUGCUGACGGAGCUGGGUCCGGGUCGAGGUGAGGUCGGCGUCAUCCAGCAGCUCCUGGACCAGGGGGCGGACCCUUCCUGCUGCCGGAGCGAUGGCCUACACGCCUUGGCUGUUGCCGUGGUAAAUGGUCACCAUGACGUCCUACCUGUUUUGGUGCAGCGAGGCGCCGACGUCGACCAACAGUCUGGAUGGAUGAAGAACACUGCUCUGCAUGAAGCUGCAGCACUGGGGUCUGCAGGUGUGCCGUGUGCUGAGGUCCUGCUCAGUUGUAAGGCCAACGUGAGGCGGAGGAACGCUGCGGGUCAGACGGCGUAUGAUGUGGCGGCGAGCUUGGGCUGCAGCAGCAUGGCGUCUCUGCUGGCGUCUCAGAGUGGACUGGGCAAACUGGGAAUCAUGAACUCAAGAUGAAGCUGAUUUUUUUUCUGAUUGGUCUGAACGUGAAGUGAUGUGUACAGCUCAGAAAGUGACAUCACUUCCUGUCAGCGCAGACAUGCAGGCUUCCACUGAGACCGGAUCUCUGGGAUCUGUUGGUGGGUUCUGAUGCAGGAAUUGUUCUGUGAUCGUUUUGCUUUGUCUCAGCGCAUCCUUCGAUAGCAUUGACCAUAAAAACGCUAGCAAGCUAA